CGGAAGUGCCGCAGUUUCCGGUAAGAUGGCGGCGGUGGAGCGGGUGGGGGUCGGGAAGCCGAGCGGACACCUGGCGGCUCUGGUUCUGGCCCGGGGGGGCAGCAAGGGGAUCCCCCAGAAAAACAUCAAGAAAUUGGCGGGAAAACCUCUGAUUGGCUGGGUGCUGCGGGCCGCGGGGGACAGCGGGGUGUUCGACAGUGUCUGGGUUUCUACUGACAGCGAUGACAUUGAAAAGGUGGCUAAAGAUUAUGGAGCCCAGGUUCACCGUCGCAGCGCACAGGUUUCCAAAGAUACUACAUCCUCCCUGGAAACAAUCCAGGAGUUUCUGAAAUAUCACCCAGAGGUUGACAUUGUUGGAAAUAUCCAGGCCACUUCGCCUUGUCUCCACCCAGAAGAUCUCAUGCGUGUGGUAGACAUGAUCCGAAUAGACGGUUUUGACUCUGUGUUUUCCGUGGUGAGACAUCACUUGUUUCGGUGGAAAGAUGUGAAGACGACAGGUGGACUGACUGCCCCUGAAAACUUCAACACCGCAUGUAGACCACGCCGGCAGGAUUGGCACGGAGAGCUCUAUGAAAAUGGCUCCUUUUACUUUGCAACAACAGAACUUAUCAAACAGGGAUACCUGCAGGGUGGGAAAAUGGCUUAUUACGAGAUGAAACCGGAACAUAGUGUGGAUAUUGACAUUGAUAUCGACUGGCCAAUUGCAGAGCAGCGAGUUAAGAGAUUUGGAUAUUUUGGGAAGAAUAACCCCAAAGUAAUAAAACUGCUUGUGUGUAACCUUGACGGUUGUCUGACCGAUGGGCGGGUCUACGUAAAUCAAGAUCGUGAAUUGAUCUCCUACAAUCUGCGUGACUUUGAUGGGAUCAAAAUGUUACUGGAAAGAAAUGUGGAGGUUCGGCUAAUCUCUGAAAGGAACCUCAGCUCCUCCCUGCUUUCUUCACUAAACCUGCCUUGCAAGAUAGAGGUAAAUGUUUCAAACAAACAGCAGGCUGUUGAGAGGUGGAUGGCGAAGAUGGGAUCUUCAUGGGACCAGAUCUCGUACAUGGGAUGCCAGUAUUCCGACGUGGAAUGCCUGAAAAUGGCUGGCACCAGUGGCGUCCCAGCGGAUGCAUGUGUGUCGGCUAAGAUGACGGAUAGCUUUGUCUGUAAAUACGGCGGAGGAUACGGAGCCAUUCUGGAGUUUGCAGAGCACAUCGUCUCUCUCCUGGAAAACCUUGGAAGUCAAUAAUUUAGCAAAGUUCCUCUGUAGUAGCACGUAGGAAACCAUUUCCAUCUGACUGAUCAAUCCCAACGGCUGCUUUUAUCUAAGCUGGGAUCCAGAAUAAUGUGGUCCGAUGUGUUUGGGUUUACCUGCAGCAAACAAUCUUUCUGUCUGGAUUUAUAUCCUGUGCUUCCCCGCUGCUCCUGCAGAGUAUACGGAUUAUUUUGUCUACAGUUUUCAGUAUGGAAUAGGUAACGCUGCAGACAGACGCUCUCCUGAAAGCUGCUAUAUAUUAUUUAAUCAGGCUGGUCACGCACUUGGUGAGGUGCUACACCCGCUUAGUCUAUGUGGGGAUAGAUUCUGAUUGUAAGUUACACAUUUAAUGGCUUGUGCAGGCCUUUUAUAUUGAAUGGUGCAAUGAUUUUAAACGUUUUAACAGUUUGCUUCAAGCACUGUAACUGUUUCCGCUCACUGUAUUGGGUUCUAGCGCAGAGUCUCCUGUAUCCGAUGGCGGUACUGAUCUGAAAUCACUUUCUAUGAGCUAAACUGCAAGACAUUCUACACGUUUCCACAAAUAGCUUCUUUUAUGCUAAAAACAUACAUU